GCUCGGGAUGGGCGCAGCCGUGGCGCGCAGCCCAGCGCUUUCUUCAGCGCGCUUUGAGUGACGUGCGCAUGCGCUAUUUAAACCCCAUGAGUGGUUCUGCAGCUGCAGCUCUCGACUCGAUGAUCCUUCUCCUGGCACACAGCAUCACAUUUGUUCACCAGAGAACCGAGCAGAACUGCGCUAAUAACCUGCAGCUACAGAUGCCCGCUGCGCCGUCUCCUCUACUCCCGUCCAGUCGCUUUGAGGAAAGAACCGCUAACGCUCCUCCGGCUGGUGACUUCCUUGCAUAACCACAACACCUGGAUUGCCUCAAACGUUUGGCUGCCAUGAUGCUUGGGUUACAGGGAAGUACUUUGACCCCCAAAGUGUAUCGUUGUGUGGCGUGUUCAGCCACCUUCACCGGACUGUCCUCCUUGCUUGUACAUCAGGCAACCCAUGCCAGUGCACGCUCCAAGGUCCCCGUCCCUUCACAGCCGAGCAUCAGCCCGCCUGAAACGCUGUUUGCAAGUCUGGACCCAUCCCGUGACCGCCCCAGUCCCCCGGCACUCUUACCUGAGAGCCAUGCUCCUUCCUUCUUUAUUUGUGAUUGUGGAGAGGAGUUUCAGGACUUCAGCCUUAUGCUGCACCAUAAGCGAUCGCAUGUCUCUCCUCCACAGCUCCUGCCACCUCUGGAUAGUAAUAGUGCUCUCUCUAGUGCAACAGGGUGUGAUAAAGCCUCUCCUUCCCAGCAUGUAUUUAUUCCAACUGUAACUCAGCCAGAUUUGGUUCUUAGUUGCCCCUCUACCUCAAGGUUUCCAGCUGUUGAACUACCCACAUUAACAGAUGAUGAAGGAGAUUCAAGUCUGGAGGACGGCAUUUCCAUAGUAACCACUUCCGAAGGCCAGUGUCCUCUCCCUCGAGAGCUCAGUGAGAAACAACUUGAGACCCUCACAGCCACAGCAGAGCAACUACAAGAGACUGUAGAGGACAUUUGUUUACAGGACAAAACCAAUUCUGUUCCCAGCAACAAAAAUAAUGAGAGCUUGCCCAGAAAUAAAUCCCUAAUGAAGUUGCUGGCGUCAGCAUACAUGAAGCGUUUUCCCCAUCCUGCAUCACAGAAUCAAAACAAUGAAGUUACCCCCAAACAAGAAGUUGUUCCUGUUGAUAUAAUACCCGUUGAAGAAACUGAGAUGUCCCCGAUAAACGAUCUCUCGAUUGCACAGUUGAGGCGGCUGCUUGCAAAACCUGGGAUAAAGACAAAAGCUCCCUCCAUCAGCAGAAUUCUUGAGUUCAGUAAGAAAAGGGUCGUCUCGCUGACCAAGACUUUCUCACCUGUUGUGGUUCUUGAAACCCGUCAGAAGCUCAUGGCUCCUGGCAGUCAUGGCACAUAUGGGAGAUAUCAAUGUGGCCGCUGUCGAAGGGUCUUUCAAAAUUUGGAGAAACUGACAGAGCAUCAUUUCUUGCACAAAAAAGAGAGGAUUCAAUGUUGUCGUCAUUGCAAACAGCUUAUCAUUGGGCGGCUGCCUUUAACUGACAAUCACGUAUGCCCUCACUUAGGAGACGCAACCAUACAGCCAUCAAGCUCCUUGAAGAAAAAGUCCCCUUUCCCCCCAAAAAUAGUGCCAUUCCACAGUGUAAGCAAUUCCAAAAGAGUCUUCUUUUGUCCAUUGUGCAAGCACAGCUACGCACGCAGGUGGAACCUGAAAAUGCACAAAUGUCAGGGUCCAGGGUCCGCCCCUUCUCCGCAGGCCGAUCCCGCCAUAAUGGAUGCCGGGGUUAACGCUGGAUCUUAUCUCAACAGGAAUGUUGCCGUGGGCACUGAACUUCCGAGUCACAUCAAGGUCGAGGUGACGUCUCCAAAUUCCCAGCAGUCUGCAGUUUCACAGUUGGCCUGGACUCUUCCACCGCAAAGCUUCCCACCAUUCUGCCUCAAAUCCUCCACGAACGAGCACCGAAAGAAUGCCUCUCUGUGUGGGAUUUCGCUUCAGCAAAGACGAGAAGACAGCAGCUGGGAUGCAACAGCAGUUGACGAUCAAGCCGCGGAUGAAGGGGAGUGGACAAUGCCCUUGGAUGACGAAAUGGAGGUUCUUGGCUCUACGAAGAAAGCUGGUAAUGUCGCGCAUGCGAAGAAGUCGGCAGAGACCUCCAACCUGCGCUAUUUUGUCCAAGAUGGUGUCAAACGUUACCCGUGUAACCGGUGUCAGAAAACCUACAGUCGGCCAUCUACUCUGCGGCGCCAUCUACGGCUGUGCGGAUUCAGGCCACGAGGACUUGUCGCCCACAGUGGUGGUCAUGGGGCCACUCCAACGGCCAACAGUACCAAACCAAUAUUUGUUUGUUUUGUCUGCGGUAAGUCCUUCAACCGCAAAGACAACAUGAUGGUUCACAGAAGGAGAUGCCAGUUGCUCCGAACAACAGAAGAUGGCGGACAGGGCGAUGCACGGACUGUGCAGCAGACGAUGUCGGGCGUUGCAGCGGACUGUCCAACCAAGGAGGCGGAUGAAGGAAACUGGGGCAUCAUGUCACUGCCCUCCGUACUUCCGAGGCGGGUAACGUGCGAGUGCGGGGUUGGAUUUACAUCCCCGAGGCUUCUCCUGGAGCAUCUGCAGAAGCAUGCACAGGAAUCCUACACGUGUCCAACGUGUGGGGAGACUGUUAAUUCCUGGGCAGACUAUGAAGUGCAUCUGCAGAUCCACAUGCAUCCUCAUCACAAGCUGCGGAAGGGACUUCAACCCCAACGAUCGCAGCCGCUGCUACUCAGAUUUCAGCAGCAGCCGCCGCCAUCGAAGAGGAAGCGGCAGCAGCAGCCAUCUCAGUCAGUGCGUCAGCCUCCGCAGAAGCAACCACGGGCAGAGCAGGUUGCGCAUCCAACAAAAAAGCCGCAGCGGUUCGUGUGCACGCGAUGUUGCAACACCUUCGCCACUCGCUGCUCCCUUCGACGGCACCAAUCCUGUAAUCGAUGCAAAGGUGUGCGGGCCACAAAUCCCUCAAACCCGCCCAAAACGUACCACUGUUCCCACUGCAACUCUGUCUUCCCAAACACAAUCAGUCUCAUGUACCACCAGCGGAGCGGGGCUUGCAAGCCCGUCAUCAAGCCUGUGCGUUGCCCCGUUUGCCUCCGCUGGUUUGGCACGAUGGACGGAUUACAGAAGCACCUGCUUACUCACAAGCAAUCUGAAUCGUUUAGCUGUGAUGUCUGUCAGGGUACAUACCCUAACCUGAAAUCUCUUAAAAACCACCGCAGGAGGAUUCAUCGCAUCAUGGCUGGAGACUCGAAGCCCAAAACACAAAAACAUCUGACUUCUUAAUGACAACAGAAUAAUGGCUACCGCGAGAGUGGUGCGCAUAAGAACGGAUUACAUUUGAAUAUAGCUAGUUCUUUCCAUAUGUGCCAAUUGUAUUUUUAAAUUGUCACUUUGUACAGCGCAAAAUCAGUGUUAUUUAUUUAUUAUCAAUGUUAGUGUAGUUUACCACUGUAAAAAAAAAAAAAUUGGAAAAAAGUACAAUGUACAGUAUAUUUUUUUGUUUGAUCAAAUGAAUCCCUUUAUUACGUAGCUUCAUUAGCCUGUAAAUGUUUCUUAACAUUUGGUCACAGAGUAUGUGAUGUAGCCAUUUGUUGUUUCUGGUGUUAAUAAAACAUACCAGUUGUAAAACAUG